AUGAGGAAUAAUUCGUUUAUGAAGGAUACCCGUCCUUCUAAUGUUCGUAAUGGCACCAUACCACCGUUUCCAAAGAGGCAGAUGCUAGUCCUAGCAAUCUGUCGAAUAUGCGAGCCAAUCGCGUUUAUGGGUAUCUUCCCAUAUAUCUACUUUAUGAUCGAGGAUUUCCACAUCACCGAGGAUAAGAGCAGAAUCUCAUUUUACGCCGGCAUGGUUACAUCAGCCUUCACAUUUGCCGAAUUCUCCACGGGGCUGCUGUGGGGGCGGCUAAGUGACAAGGUUGGAAGAAAGCCUGUGUUGCUCACGGGUCUCAUCGGUACAGCUCUUAGCGUUUUGAUAUUCGGCUUCGCUCCUAACUUGACGGUUGCGCUUAUUGCUAGAGCCGUUGGAGGGCUUUUGAACGGGAAUAUGGGCGUGCUUCAGACGACAGUAGCUGAACUAGUAACUGCCAAAGAGCAUCAGCCCCGGGCUUACACUAUAAUGCCUGUCGUAUGGUGUUUAGGGUCGAUUGUCGGUCCUAUGAUCGGUGGCGCGCUCGCCCGGCCGUGUAUCAGCUACCCAGCUCUGUUCCCAACUGGUGGUAUCUGGGACAAAUAUCCAUAUCUUCUUCCUAACCUUUUCAGCGCUUUCAUCGUGGUGGUUGGCGUUAUUAAUGGAAUCCUGUUCCUUGAGGAGACUCACCCUGAGAAGAAGCUGAGGCGGGAUCGAGGCCUAGAACUUGGAAAUUGGAUCCUAUCAAAAUUACCGAUUUUUCGAAAAUGUGCCGAGUCGCGGGAUGAGAAGUCUAAAUUGGCCGAGAUGGAAACGCAACCCCUUAUCGACCACGAUGAACAGCUACCCGGAUAUCAGACCAACGAGAACUCCCCCGAAAACUCGCCACGCAUCAGAUCAGCCUCCGUUCCUUCGAUAUCAUGGGAUUCGCUUGACCUCGAAAGCGGACAUGGAAGCUCAAAUCUUGGCGUCUCUAGGAUAUUCACUCGUCCAGUGAUCCUAAACAUUAUCUCUUUCGGCAUUCUAGCUUUUCACACGAUGACUUUUGAUCAACUCUUCCCAGUCUUUCUAAGCACCGCGCCACCGGAUCAUCCGACGCCACCUUCGCUCCCUUUCAAAUUUGUCGACGGUUUCGGUCUUGACAGCAAGACAGUCGGCAUCAUUCUAAGUGCUCAAGGCGCGUAUCAAUUGCUCAUCAACAUGUUCAUAAUUCCGCCGGUUCUAAAGCAUUUUGGCGCACGUCGGCUAUUCCGGUUCUUGGUUAUCGCUUAUUUCUCGCUUUACUUGAUCACGCCAUAUCUAGUCCUUUUACCCGAGAAGUACCGUAUGAUUGGUGUUGGAAUGGUAUUGGUCUGGAAGUGCACAUUUGCUAGCAUGGCAUACCCGAGCAACGCUAUUUUGACCGCAGAUUCGUCGCCAAGCCCCCUUGCCCUCGGUACCAUCAAUGGCGUAGCAGCUUCGACUGCGAGCUUGUGUCGCGCAUUCGGUCCAACCAUUUCCGGUAUUCUCUAUGCUGUUGGCCUGAAGUCUGGUUAUUCGGGCCUAGCAUGGUGGUGUAGUGCCUUUGUAGCUAUUGGUGGUGCGAUCGUUGGACUUCAGAUUCAGGAACCGCAAAGCCAUACGGACGGCAAUGCUGCUCUAAUUAAUAAUAAUCCAGAAAUAACUAAUGUUACCGAUCGAGCGGCUUCGCCCGAACCGGCAUCAUAG